AUGCUUGGGAAGGCAGUUCGGGACAAUAUCACAAAUGAGGAUCGCCUCGCAACGGAAGGCCCCUAUGGAGCCGCGGCGCAACUCAUUCGUCAGUACCUGGAUCUCCCGGUUCCCACGAGCAUGGACGACACCAUGGCGUUCAAGAUCAUGUACGCUCUGGACCGCGUCGUCAACCAUGAUCCGGCCAUCAAGCGGCACGCCAUCUUCGGUGUUCUACGCCUGAGACUUUUGAAGAGAUAUCUGAGGAAGGUUGGGAUCUUCCAGAAGGCUCAUGAAGCCGGAGCUAGAAUGAAGAAGGAGCACAUUGUCGUGGAGCGGUGGCCGUUCACUUCGUUCCUUCGACCUGGCGAGCCCGGUGCCCGGGAGGAGAUCGACCGCAAGAUCGGUGGAGGUCUUUCGAGCUUGAUCGGCUACCUCGAGUGA